GAUUCUGGUAACAUACCUGAUGCCAUCCAGAGUUAUUCUACGGCGUUAAAACUGAAGCCUGAUUUCCCGGAUGCUUUCUGCAAUCUUGCACACUGCUUACAGAUAAUAUGCGAUUGGACAGAUUAUGAUAAUCGGAUGAAGAAGCUGGUGGCCAUUGUGGAUGAUCAGUUGCAGAGGAAGCGCCUUCCAUCGGUGCACCCUCACCAUUCGAUGCUUUAUCCACUGACACAUGCCACAAGAAUAGCUAUUGCUGCAAAGCAUGCACAAUUGUGCAUUGAAAAAGUAAGUGGAUUGCACUUAUGCUUUUUCACAUUUUGCUUGUGUUUUGCAUCUUGGCAUAGUUUCUGA